AUGAUAUCGCUGGUGACGAUUGCGUGCAUCCUUCCCAUAGUUCUUAUCUUUAUUUUCGCAUUACCUAUCAUUGGUUGCUCUUCCAAAAAAGAAGAAUCUAAAGCAGGCAGAGAAGGAGGAGGAAAAAAAGAUGAACCAGCAGUUCAGCAACAAUCAACACCAACGCCGAGGUCAAUACCUGCAGCAACACCUUCUUCUAUACCUACUGUACCUGCAGAAAAGAAACCAAACGAAAAAGAAGUUAACAAAGAGAUUGAACCAAAAAAAGGGACUGCUGCAACUGGAGGAGGUGGUGGCGGCGAUGAGGAAGAGGGGGGUUAUGAAUCAUGUCCUGAUAUGACACCUGAACAACUUGCCAAGAUUGCAAAUGAGUCUCCACCAAAAUAA